AUGAAUGAAACUCUUGAAUAUGAAAGCCUCAGAAAAACUGUUCGCAAAAAAGUUUUUCGCUUUCCUUUAUUCACAGACAACGUUGUAACAGAGGAAAUUUGUAUGUCUAGACAACGCUCUUGGCUUUCAAAAGGACAAAAUAUUUUCAUUGAUAGCUUCGAAAUGAGCCCAAAUGAGCCAAAAAUCUUGCCAAAAGCUAAUUUUAGAGAUAAAAUUUCGAUUCUUCCGACGCCUCAUGGAUAUUUGAAAAGCAAACAAUUUUGUCCUUUUUAUGAAACUUUUUUAAGAAAGAAAAAAGAGAGAAAAAGGGUUUCUUAUCUUGAACAUCACAAGAAAGGGAAAAUCUCGUAA